CAGCAGUGGUCUCCUUCUAAAUGGUUAUUUUCCCUUUCCCCCACAGAAUGCCUUAAAUGAGAAUGGUAGCCGAGAAUUCUUCCUCUGUGACGGAGUUUAUCCUCGCAGGCUUAACAGAUCAGCUGAAACUCCAGAUCCCUCUCUUUUUCCUGUUUCUAGGUUUCUACAUGGUCACUGUGGUGGGGAACAUGGGCUUAAUAACCCUGAUAGGGUUGAACUCUCACCUGCACACCCCUAUGUAUUUUUUCCUCUAUAACUUGUCCUUCAUAGAUUUCUGCUAUUCCAGUGUUAUCACCCCUAAAAUGCUGAUGAGUUUUGUCUCCAAGAAGAACAUCAUCUCCUACACAGGGUGUAUGACUCAGCUUUUCUUCUUUCUUUUCUUUGUCGUCUCUGAGUCCUUCAUCCUGUCAGCAAUGGCAUAUGACCGCUAUGUGGCCAUCUGUAAACCACUGUUGUACACGGUCUCCAUGUCUCCCCAGGUGUGUCUGCUCCUUUUGUUGGGUGUCUAUGGGAUGGGCUUUGCUGGGGCCAUGGCUCACACAGCAUGCAUGCUGAGUCUGAGCUUCUGUGCCAAUAACCUUGUCAACCACUACAUGUGUGACAUCCUUCCCCUUCUUGAGCGCUCUUGCACCAGCACCUAUGUGAACGAGCUGGUAGUUUUUAUUGUUGUGGGCAUUGAUAUCGGUGUGCCCACAGUCACCAUCUUCAUUUCCUAUGCCCUCAUCCUUUCCUGCAUCCUCCGCAUUAAUUCCACUGAGGGCAGGUCCAAAGCCUUCAGCACCUGCAGCUCCCACAUAAUUGCAGUUUCUCUUUUCUUUGGGUCAGGAGCAUUUAUGUAUCUCAAACCCUCUUCUCUCUUACCCAUGAACCAGAGCAAAAUGUCUUCUUUGUUCUAUACCAUUGUGGUGCCCAUGCUCAACCCAUUAAUCUACAGCUUAAGGAAUAAGGACGUCAAAAUUGCUCUGAAGAAAACCUUGAGCAAAAAUUCAUUCUCCUGAGAAAGGGACAAUACU